AUGGUUUUGUUUUAUAUCUCCAGCUUCGUUAGUUCAGGGAGGGAAACCCCAACUGCCUUUAGCGCCGCAUGGCUCUUUGCUCCCGCCAUGGCCAACUAUUGCAACACGCCCGACCAUAGCGGGCUCCAGGUAGUGCCACAACAAUACGAAGGUCUCCAAGUAGUUGCCGACCAUGGAAUCGAGGUGGGCACCAGCGGAACAACACAGCCUUGGGGCCGACCCACCGCCAAGGAUGGAAAGCUUCAGGCACAGGAACGAGGUGGGAGUGGGAUAGAUGCCCCGGUGGCUCCGACAAUGCCCCCGUCUACCAUCCGCGGCCUCCGAAAGCGGACUUUUUAUCUCGUCGUCGGCAUCCUCGGCUUCGUCACGAUUGCAGCUGCGGUAGGGGGAGGAGUUGGAGGUUCCAUCGCCGCCCGCAACGCCUCCCAGUCGUCUCAGCAGUCUCCAGCACCCACCAGCCGCCCCAAGACCAGCCCCGUGCUGCAGGAGUCGGCCCUUGCGGCACUAAACUGGCGGGACCCGUCCAACGACAUGCUCCACCAGGUGUACUUUCAGUCGAAAGAUGGUUCCAUCAUGGAGUCGGCCUGA